GUCGAUGACUUGCUGAGCAGUUUGUUGACCAUCUGUCAGCAGCACCACUCCAUGGAUACACCACUUCCUUCAGAUCUUCAAAGCCUAAUCAUUAGCAUUCUUGCUUCUUUAGAUCAUAUCGAAUCUCAUCUGAUACCUUCUAUUGUUUCAUCAACUACUUCAGAAGAUUUCGAUACUCAAGCUUCAUUUGGCCGUGAUGAAUUUACAUACCUCGAUCGGAAAUUAGAUGACGCCGAAGUUUUGGGUGAUGAAUGUGAAGAUGACAAUCAAUGCGCUCAAGCUCUUGAUAAGAUUCGAGAAUUGAGAGAGCGUAGUGCGCGUCUGAGGAUUAAACUUCGAACCACCUCACUCGAAACCAAGAGAAAGAUUGCGUCCAGUUCAUUGAUCAAUUCACGUUCCGAACUCUUGAAGCAAUCUACAGUCACCAAACAAGACCGUUCAAGAUCGUCGAAUCCGGAUGAAGCUCUCAUGUCAGCAUCAACUGAUGUAGCUGAAUCAUUGAAGAGUACAUUGAAUUUGAUGAAACAGGAGCUUGACCGAUCAGUGUUAUCAACUCAAAUGCUUGAGCAACAGACUAAGACCUUGAACCUCACCUCGAAUCAAUAUAUCACUUUUUCCGACUUACUGACCACCUCUCGACAGCUUAUCACUUCCAUUCAGAGGGCUGAUGUUCUCGACCGACUCAUCUUGGGCGCUGCUCUAGCGUUUUUUAUGCUUGUCUGUCUCUACAUCCUCAAGAAACGUAUCCUGGACCGUGGCUUAUCGCUCAUCAGUACCGUCUCGCGCAUCAAGCCAGUUCUCAUCAAGUCCACCCCAGACCAUCUCUCAUCCCCCGACGAAGUCGUCAAUGGAGUUAGCGAUGCGGUCUAUGAUGCCAUCGCUGGGGUAACCUUAACUUCCGCAGCGGCUCUUCCCAUGUUUACGCCUAUGCCUGCCUCACCUAAAGCUCAGAAGAGUGAGCACGCCAAAGCGGAUAUUAUAUUCGAGCCUGUGAAAGAAGCCAACUCUCGAGACUCGUCAAGUGUAGACGAGCUUGAUCCCAAACCGGUCAUCCCCGACACGCAUCUUGCGCCUCCCUCAAAAGCAGAUCAGCAGCCGGUCGCACAUCCGGAACCGAAGCUGAAUUCCCACAUGUGUUCUGCUCCUGGACCUGAUGAACAAACGGCUUCUGCGUGCUCUGCUGACUUCCGACAGGGAGAGACAGCCUCGGCGGGCUCUGGUGACCACAACUUAGACGAAGGCUCUGUCGAUUUCCAGGAAGAAGAAGCAGCCUCGACCGACUCUGGUGACAGCAACUUGGACGGAGGCUCUGUCGACUUCCAAGAAGAAGAGAUAGCCUCAACAUGUUCUGGUGAUAACAACCUCGAUUCUGGCUCUGCUUUUUGUGCUAUGCGACCUGACGAACAAGAAACUCCGACGGACUUGCCUGACUCUGACACCGAAGAAGCAGCCUCGACAUGCUCCUUUGACUCAAAAGGAGAUGCAGAGUCCACUUGUUCAGCCACAUCCAUACCACCUUUUGAGGCCUCCAAAUCGUCUUCAAACCCAAACGAUGUUCUAGCCCCGCCACUGACAGACGAGGAUGAUGACCCUCUGGGUGAUCACGAUGAACUAUAGUGGACGGGUUUGCCUACGAUGAACAAAGUCCUAUAUACAUGUUAUCCUAUCCAAUACCUUGUUGAUCCUAUUCCCGUUCUUAUUCGCAUCGAGGUGACUUGAAUCAAACCGCCUUGUUAUGACUAUGCAAUACUGUAACCUGUAUUUGUCCACUUUUAUAUUCUUUAACAAACAUAUCUUCUAUCCACCAGUACACUGUACAGUGUAGGCCUUAGCAUUUUCAGAUAUUGGGCUGAAAGGGGUGAUAAAUUGUUGUUACCAAAUUUACAACCUAUAUUCCACCACCUGACAUUCCUAGAGUAAAAUCUGGAUCAAUAUACUAAUCAGUUGCGCUUGUACGCUCACGCACAUC